UUUACGCAGCUGGCGGCCUCGGAAAUACUGCACCUCUUGCUGAUAAUGAACUGGCAACUACUCUCUACGUUGGCGUGGAUAGCGAACCCUCAAGCUAUGGACGCACGCCAAGCGGUGUUACAGGAGUCCACUAUUGACAACGUUCCGCCUCUCCCGCUCUGGUUGUCGCACAAUCUGCCGACACUUCUGUCAGACAAUUGGCUCCACAGGGAUCAUUGAUUCGCCACGAGAACUAUUAGCUCGAUGCUCACGAAUGUCUUGACAGAUUUAGGCGUUUCUAUCAAGUGCACGCAUCAUCUGUGCGCAAUCCGACAA